AAAAUUUCAAUGUCCUACAACUCCAGCUAGAAACGGUAGUGAUUGAAUUUGACCACGAAAUAGUCCACCCUAGAAGUGAGAGUAGCCCGUUAUGAUACGAGGAAUUAUAUCCAAAAUGCCAUUCAAGAGUAUUAAGGCCCGUCAGAUCUUCGACUCUCGCGGUAACCCAACCGUCGAGGUCGAUCUGGUGACCGACCUGGGACUGUUCCGUGCCGCCGUUCCAUCUGGUGCGUCGACCGGUGUCCAUGAGGCCCUGGAACUGCGCGACAACGUCAAGGCCGACUGGCACGGCAAGGGCGUCCUGAAGGCCGUCGAAAACAUCAACAAGACCAUCGCUCCGGCUGUGCUGAACUCGGGACUGUGCGUCACUCAACAGAAGGAGCUCGAUGAACUGAUGCUGAAGUUGGACGGUACCGAGAACAAGUCGAAGCUGGGAGCCAACGCCAUCCUCGGAGUUUCGCUGGCCGUCUGCAAGGCCGGUGCCGCCAAGAAGGGAAUUCCUCUGUACAAGCACAUCGCCGAGUUGUCCGGAAACGGAAACAUCAUCCUGCCAGUGCCGGCAUUCAACGUCAUCAACGGUGGUAGCCUGCCGGUAACGUCAAAACUGGCCAUGCAGGAGUUCAUGAUCCCAACUGGUGCUUCGUCCUUCACUGAGGCCAUGAAGAUCGGUUCGGAGGUGUACCACCACUGAAGAACGUCAUCGAAGGCCAAGUUCGGUCUGGACGCUACAGCCGUCGGUGAUGAGGGUGGUUUCGCUCCCAACAUUCUGGAAAACAAGGAAGCCCUGAACCUGAUCCAGGAUGCUAUUGCCAAGGCUGGCUCCGGCAAGGUCGAAAUCGGUAUGGAUGUUGCUGCCUCCGAAUUCCACAAGGAUGGCAAGCACGAUCUGGACUUCAAGAACCCCAACUCGGACAAGAGCGCCUGGUACCCUGAUGCGCUGGAAGGCAUGUACCAGGGCUUCAUCAAGGACUUCCCAAUUGUCCAGUAUUGAGGAUCCUUCGACCAGGAUCACUGGGAUGCCUGGGCAAAGAUGACGCCAACACUAGCAUUCGAGAUCGUCGGUGACGAUUUGACUGUGACCAACCCGAAGCGUAUUGCCACUGCGUCGGAGAAGAAGGCUUGUAACUGCUUGUUGCUGAAGGUCAACCAGAUCGGUACCGUAACCGAGUCGAUCAACGCCCACUGCUGGGCCAAGAAGAACGGAUGGGGCACCAUGGUGUCGCAUCGCUCUGGUGAAACCGAGGAUACCUUCAUUGCCGAUUUGGUCGUUGGUCUGAGCACUGGACAGAUCAAGACUGGUGCCCCAUGCCGAUCGGAACGUUUGGCCAAGUACAACCUCCUCCGUAUCGAGGGACUCGGCUCAGACGCCAAGUUUGCUGGCAAGAACUUCCGCCACCCGCAGUAA